GUCAUGUAAAUGUUGUUGACAUCGCACUCUCCUCAUUGACUUCUCGACAAACACCUGCAGCAGCAACCAACAUGUCGGCGGUUCUAGCCAACGACUUGUUCUCGUUUGACGACAACGACGAGUCGGUGCCAUCUGGCAACACGCUAUUCCCACCAACUCUCAACUUUCCCGGCCUCGACGCGCUCGAGAACGCGUACUUGUCCCCCAACUCUCUUUCACCACAUUCUUCCGACCCUUCCCACACGCUCUCUCCCCCCUCGUUUGGCAGCCCAAACUCGAGCUUGUCGUUUGCGACCGACGAGUACCUCUUGAACAACAGCUUUGGCAACGAUGAGCUCGACCUCCUCAUCUUCCCCGAUGAGAACAAGCCCGACCUCAACUUGCUCGACUCGCUCCAAAUGCCCAUGCCCCAGCAGCCGGGCUUUGCGCCGCUCAACCUCGGCGCUCAGCCUGAGGUCAAGGCACAAGUAGGACAGCCUGCUGCCGUGCCGGCCGUCCCGAUGGGCGCGAUCCAGCCGCCAGCUUUUGAUGGUCUUCUGGACCAGUGGCGCCAGAGCCUGGUGCAGAGCAUGAACCAGGGCCAGCAGCUGCCUUGGAUGGUCGGAACGGGCGUCAUGCCUACUCCGAUCCAGCCACCUGUGCCCAACCCCGCUCCGAUCCAACAAGCUCCUAUUCCGCCUCAAGCACCACCGCAGGCCGCACCUCUCCCUCCCCAGCCUUCCCCGGUCAAGGAGGCCCCCAAGGCAGCCCACCCGCCACCUCGCCGGAGCGCGCCCAACGCGCCUCUUACGAAGAGAUCGGUGUCGCCUCCUGUCAAUGUCGGAAAGCACAACAAGACUGAGAGGCGGUACCGCCAAAAGGUUCAGCAGGCCCAGGCCGAUCUUCGUGAUGCGGUCCCUGCCCUUCGCGUGCUUUACGGCACUUCAAGCGAAGAGCAGAAGCAGCUCACGGAUGUCCGCGCGGCCGACGGAACCGUUGAUGGCCUGGGCGAGGUGACGCGUCCCAAUGCCAGUGCCAAGGCGACCAUUCUCAUCGGCGCGAGGAUGUACAUUGAACUGUUGCAACGCCGGACAGCGUCUCUGCAGCGCAAGGUCGCCGAACUUGAGAGCUGGAGACUGGCUGUUGGCGGGCCGGACGACCUGGAGGCCUGGCGCACCGACUUCGAUGCGCGUGAGGCUGUCCUUGCAGCUCAGCUCGCCGCGGCUGCGGCUUUGAACAGGUCGGACGACUCUGGCGACGACGACUCGGAAGAGGAGGAGGUUGCCCCGCGCAAGCGUCCUCGCGUGACCAAGAAGGCCAAGGCUACUCCUGACAACAAGGUCGGCCAAGGCAUGAAGGCCUUUGCCGCCUUUGCGGUUUCCUUCUCGCUCAUGCCGUCGGCUUCCAACCUCUUCAACAACGCCCCCUCGCAUACUGCCAUCUCUUCGGGCGGCGUCCUCACCGCUUCGAGCAGCCUCUACACUGGCGAGCUUGCCCGUCACCAGGUCAUUUCUCGCCUUCCUCUUAUCACCGCAGAGCAUGGAUCCCGCCUGCUGGGCCGUGUUCUGCCGUCUGCUGUCGUUCCCGGCCCUCACACCAUUGUCGACUGGACGUUCAAGCUCCUCGCCGCUACGGCUCUCGUCUUCAUCCUUGGUCCCAUCUUUGAACGCGUCACUCGCAAGCACCGAGACGAAAGGACUGGUGCUGGUAGCGUUGGCGGUUUCGUGCGGGACGCCGUGCAGGCUCACGUUGGGUCUAGCGUGGAUGACGUCGGAGAGUGGAACACCUUGGCUGCAGGGAUUGUCGGAGGUGUCGUCAAGCCUUCAAUCUUUGUCCGCUGGCACGUCGUUUUCAAGCUGCAGAGGUCGGUUGAUCCAUACAGCUUGGCGCUGCUGGCUCUGCUCGCACCGGAGCGUGCAUCGUCCCGCAAUGCUUGGGUGGAGGCCAGGAAACGUGCUGUCCCAGACUCCCCCCUGGCGACUGUUCUUGCCCUGCCUCUAGACGAAGCCUCGCGCUGCCUUGAUUUGGUCCCCCCGACCUCGGCGCCCAUUGCGGCCAUCGUCGAGCAGAUCAACCUCGCGCACCUGUACGACCUCUACUCUCGCUUCUUCGUUCGCCUCGUCGCGGCCGUUGGCGACGCCACCUCGCUUUCGCCAAUGCUGCUCAACGUGCAGCGCAGCACCAUUGCGCAGGAGCUCAAGUCGUUUGACCGCGAGAUCCGCGGUGUGCUGCACGGUGUGCCUAGGCAUAGCACCUCGCAUGCGCUUGGCCUCGUGCUGCUUGGCCUCUGGGGUCUGUUCUCGGGCUACCAGUCGCCGGCUGUCCUGGUGAGCGCUCUAGCGGCCGAGGAGGUCCAGGGUGCGGGCUCGUCCCUUGAGAGUGUGUCGGCCCUGCUGGAGCUCCUGUACCCCAACUCGUCCAACCCUCGCCAGACGCCCUCUACCCCUGCUUCGCCCAACGCUCAGGCCAUCGACAAGCUCGCGCUUGCGUGCAUUGGCUUUGUUGACCUCCUCUACUCUUCGUCCAACGCCACUGCCACCCGCAUCGAGCGUCUGGAGGUGAGCCAGCGAGUGCAGAAGGAGGCCGUGCGCCUUCGUCUGGUUCUCACCCAGGCCACGUUCGUUGGCCUGGAGGAUGACGAGGACGACAAUGCCUCUGAUGAGUCCUUCGACGACGCCCGUCAGAAGCUCGUGUCAGUCCUUUGCAAUGUGGGACGGCGCGCAGCGGGCCGCAGCGUUUACCGCGACGACGACUCUGGGCUCGAGGACGACGUAGAGGACUGGUAGAAGACGGGUGGGCAGUGAGUAGGCGGCAUCGGAGCUGAACACUGGGGCGUGGCACUAGCUGGCAAUACUGCCGUUGUAGUUCAUGAAAUGUGACUUGUAGCACCAACAAGAA